CAGGUGAAUCACCAGCUAGUUCUCGUGGAGCGCACAGUGACGGUAUGCACUGCAGUAUGCACUAUGCAGAACCAUUCAGCAGUAGGUUACCCGAUAAAUCGAGUUGUAAUCAGUAAAAGUUACGCUGUAUUCUGUUAAUUAGUUUCAAUUUUUCAAAAAGUUAAGAAAUUAUAUACUUUGGGAUCUCGUUCAAAUUCAAAGUUUAGCGAUUCAAUUUUGAAAUGUCUACUAAAAAGGCUUCAGCUAGCUCUCAGGCUCAAGUAAUAUUGACAGAUAACACCAGUGAUAGCAAAACCUCUUAUUAUUCUGCAGAGAAUCAUCACAACCAGUACCGUAAACUGAAGAAGUGCGAUUUCACGUGGCUUAUUGACAGUCGUGAGUUUCUGGAUUUGGCAUUUGUACAAAGCGAAUCUCCAUUGUGUUCUUCUGUCGAUGAAGAUUUCAUAUAUCGCAUAAAAUUAACAUAUUGCAAGAACGGAAACAACCCCGAGAGCGCUAAAUUCCUGUCAAUUUUUUUGUGUUUCCGUGUUGGAGAUUCUCGUCACGACUGCGAUGCUGUGUUAGGGGAAGUGGAAUUUUCCGUUUUGAAGUCCAACGGUAAAUUUGGCUCGAAGAAGAGAAAAUUCGAAAUCAGAAAUAACGGUAACAUGCAGUUGUGGAAUUAUGUAGGUUUUCACGAAUAUAUUAAGAGAACUCAUGCAGCAAACUGGGUUGUUCGUGAUAGGCUGGCAAUUUUUUGCCAAAUUUCCUAUUGCAUAAGGAUUGAAAAAGAAAAUAAAUCGCGUGAAAUUCUUGAUUCGAGUCUCUCUUAUGACUUGGAACGUUUAUUCGCUGAUAAAAAUUUCAGUGACGUGACCAUACAAGUUAAAGAUCGAGAAUAUCACGUUUAUAAGGGUAUUUUAGCUGCUCGUAGUCCAGUGUUUGAUGCCAUGUUCCGAAACGAUAUGCAAGAGAAUGUGACCAACGUUGUUAAGAUUUCAGACAUUGGUCAAGACGUUUUCGAAGAGAUAUUACAUUAUAUUUAUUGUGGAAAGGUGAAAAAUUUGGAGAAAUUGGUUUGCGAAAUACUGCCUGCAGCGAAAAAGUACGACUUGAAACAACUAAUGAUCUUGUGUGAAGAAACAUUAGCGGAGCAAUUAUCUAAGGAUAACGCGAUCAAGAUUUUGAUACUGGCUCAUACUCAUCAUGCAGUUUGGUUGAAAACCGAAGCUCUUGAAUUUAUUAAAUUGCAUGCAAAUUGGGCGGAUGUGAAGAGCUCUGAAAUUUGGAACGAUCUUACUUCGUUUCAUCCUGAUUUGAUGGCGGAGAUGCUUACUGUACUUCUUAAUACGAGUAUGUGACGAAAAACUUCCCAUAAGUAUAGGUAAUAGGUAUUCUGUUAAUCUGUUUCAAGAAUUCUUUCUUCUAGUUUUACUUUUUUAUUUAAUUUUUACGGUAGGUACAUCUUUCGUGAACGCAUUUAUCGUUUUCCCUCAUUUGCUGAAUGUUAAGAGUAUUUUUAUUCGUAGUUUAUAAUUUAAGAGUUUGCUUAAGUAUACUGAUUAUCAUGUACCUACAAUUUUUUAGCGUUAGAAUUUAGAAACUAAGUUUGCUCUUUUGCAGCAUUAAAAUCGAUUGGUGACGGUU